CCCCUACAUCUUGAACCGUGACUAUCACACGCUCGCCAGAUCCUCCUGUGGUUGACAAUCUUGAGCCAUACCACAGAACUCGACGAAACGACCUCGACAUGACCUCGUCCACUUCAUUCUUCACCACGGAACUCAAACGAGCACUCGAGGAGAACGCUUUCGCGAUCAAGAGCGCCGAGACCUUGCCCGAGGAGACGGCCGACCGGGCAUGCGCCAAGAUUGUCCUGCUGGAGGAGAAGGAGAUUCAGGUGGAAUUGAUCAACGAUGGCUUCCGAGUACAAGGGGAAACCAAGCUGUAUGACACGCUGGAUUCGCUCCUCCUGAACGUCUCGCCCAAGAGCAUGGAGCUGGUCUCCCAAACCCUCUCUUCCAGACUGGAGGGUCUGAUCGCCAGGGGACAUUCGGAUUUAGAGGACAAGACGAGCCCAGACGUCGAGACGGAGGGAGAAGGAGAAAGGAAGGUUCAGGCCCCGCCAGAGACGAGUACUGCUUCGGUCAUUCCCUCACCACACGACCCUCUCUCGUCGGAACGGCAGCCCGUGACAAACGCGACCUUGACGAUACGUUGCAUCAAGAGCUUCGAAUACCGUACCGAAAAGAAUCUGGUGCUGAAGGGGUUAGAUCUGACAACGCUGACGGCUGGACAGUUGAUCGAGAUGUGCAAACAAGCCAUGAAGACGACGCCCGGAUUUAAGCCGUACAAGACCGUCAAGCUCGACACGUUGAAGCUUUACAAUCAAGCACAUUCUCACAAGACGAUGAAUUUGAUCAUCAACCUCGACAACGACGAGUGGAUAUUGGACGACAUGGAGAAGACGAUGGAACAGCACGGAGCGCUGAAUGAGACCGAGUACUCCCUGUUCAGUCGAGAAGCCUACGAUGCGUUCAAGGCGAAUCCCACAAUACGGUGGGAUUGAUCCUUAAAUCUUUCGCGAACCAGUCUGUGUGAAGAGAGACAGAUGAUGCUGUCACGAGAUCACGAGCUAGUGUUUCGUGAUUAUGUAGAUGUGUCAUGUGUAAUCGAUGCAAAGAACUCCCAAGCGAUGAUGUUCAUCCAGG